UUCACCUUUAAACUUAGCUUAAGCUUUACUAUGAGCAGAUUAUUUUUUAUUUUUGUUUUUUCACUAUUUUCUUUCCGUUGGAAUUUUCAAAUUUUCCUCUGUUCUAGUAUCUUUCCAUUUUGUCCUAUUCAACGAGUCUUUUUCGAUCAAUUUUUUUGUUCAAUUUCGUAAAGGUACAUAAAUUGCGACGUUCGUUAUAAAGAUUGUUUGGCAGCGUUCAUCAUUCGUUCAAAUUCAAUAUUGAAUGAAUGAAUUUCAAUAGAAAAAGGUGCGUGAACCUGUCGUUCAGAGUUUUCGGCAACGUAUAAAAGCAGCGUUUUUCCUAGCGAUUUCACAGUAGUCAGCUUCACCGUCGACUAAAGAAAAGUCUCGUCUCAACGCUUCGAACCUUUAACUUUGUUCUACAUCAGCCAUGGAAGGACGUCGUUACGCUGCGAUUCUGCUCCUCAUCGUUGGAGUCAUCGGGAUUCAUUCCCACCCUCACAGUUACAAUGCACCAGGGAACCCAGACGCCGAAUCCCUCGAUUCGGUCCAACGAUUCGAUGGUCACAAGACUGAUUACGAAUUUGCGGCUGACAGACAGCAGGAUGAUCUAUGUUCAGAAGUGGAAUCUCUCGAACGAGAAAGUAAGCGAACGAAGAGAAGUCCGCCUACUUGGAAACAUACUGGCUCGAAUGGUAGCUCCCCUACAAAAUCAGUGCCCCGUAAAACUAUGGCAAAUCAAUUACGUAAGGAACGAGAGGACAAAUUCAGAGCUAUUAUGAACUCCUAUAAGCAACAGGGUCUGAACAGUGGCCAGGCGCUGAUGAAGGCUAACCAAGAACAUCCGGAGCUAGCUGACCUCGUAUUUUCAUCUUAAUUGUUCCAAAUGCUUUGAAAUAUACAAAUACUGUAUUCCGUCCAU